CUCCAGUUCUCGGAACCCUUUAACAGUCAAGGAAGGUGCUCGAGGCACACUGCAUGGUAAAUGUCACCAUUUGAUUUGGGUUCACUCUCAUACGUUUGUACACGCCCCACCUUUCUCGUAUCGCUCAAACCUCCCAAGCCGACACCUCAGGCAGUAUCUCUUAUCGCUUCCAUCGAUAAGCAUUCCGAGUCGAACUUGGGCUUUCCGCGGGAAAAUAAUGAGGGAACCGACCAGCGGCCCGGCAACUCCAACCUACUCUUCAUAUGAGCUCGAUCAUGAAGUUUGAUUUUGAGUUCUCAUUGAAAAUUGCACAUCCGGAGGAAUGAUUGAGCUCGGUCUCAGCCGGAUAUCCAGCCUCCUUCAACAGACUCCGCUGUCAUGGAAGGCCAUUCACAUUGCGGGCACGAAUGGCAAAGGCUCGAUCAGCGCAUACCUAUCGCAUCUCUUAAAGUCUGGGGGUGUUCGAUGUGGCCGAUUUACCUCCCCACACUUGAUUGAUCGCUGGGACUGCAUCACCAUCAACGAACGGGUUGUUCAGGAGUCUCUCUUCCGUCAGAUCGAGGCUAGAGUAAAGCUACGGGACCAAACGCUAGGUAUCGGCGCAAGCGAGUUCGAGCUAUUGACGGCAACGGCGUUCGAGAUUUUCAACCAUGAGCAGGUCGAGGUCGGAGUUGUCGAGGUUGGCAUGGGCGGCCGCUUAGAUUCCACAAAUAUUCUGAACAACGUCUUGGUGUCGGUUAUUGCCAAGAUUGGACUCGACCACCAGGCUUUUCUCGGAAACACCAUUGAACAGAUUGCGCGGGAGAAAGCUGGAAUACUGAAGCCCGGUGUCAGUUGUGUGGUCGAUGGCACCAACUGUUCGGAGGCAAUAGGGGCCAUCAAAGACCGCAUUGGAGAGCUUGGUCUGAAUGCUGUUGUCGUUCAUCCGGAUGCCCCAGAUGACCAGUUACCUUCCCUUGGUAAAUUGUUUCAGCAGCAUGACCUCCAGACUCACCAAAAGGCGAACAUGUCGUGUGCAGCCGCUUCGCUGAAAGCCCUUCUACCACAGAUCCGCCCGGAGCUUAACGCCGACACCCUAAUCCCGCAACUCACUUCUGUCGAAUGGCCAGGUCGCUUACAGAAACUUGCACUACAGCCGUUAACUGCACGCAAAGAACCUGUUCUGCUGGAUGGUGCACACAACGCGCAAUCAGCUGAAGUUCUUGGAGAAUACGUCGAGCACAAACUGCGCUCCCUGGGAAAGAACGUCACCUGGGUUAUUGCAGCCUCACAUGGGAAGGAUAUUCGCCCAUUAUUCCAUUCAAUUAUCAAGCCCGGCGAUGAUGUUGCGGCGACAACAUUUGGACCCGUUGAUGGGAUGCCUUGGGUCAAGGCUGCCAACCCUGAGGAGCUGUCUUUAUGUGUUCGGGAUCUCCAAGGUAUCGGGGAGGUACAGUCGUUCAAUCAAGACACCCUUGGCGCACUCGAAUGGGCGUGUAGCAGGGCGGAUGGCGGUCCCCUAGUUAUUGCAGGGAGCCUUUAUCUCGCAUCUGACGUUUUGCGUCUUCUCAGGGAGGCGAAAAAAUCAUGAUUACAACAAUGCUCCUCAACAUUUUGAUCUCAAGUGCUUCAGGAAAGCAGAGACCCAUUGCACGAAAUUCCACCACUUUGUCUAAAUGUAUUUUUAAUAUUAUAUUCAACUAUAGACGAAUUGUAUAUGUUUUUAGACGGGAGCGCCGUCGCACCAACCACUCAUCA